AUGUGGAUUGGUACUCAUGCAACAAUGAUGUUUGAAGGACUCGAUAUCCCAAAUUUCAACCCAAUGAAGGACGUAUGGUUCCCCUUGGAUCUCUCUAAUGCCUCUUCGUUCAAUGCCAUCAUGGCCCACUCUGCGGCACAUCUAGCUCAUCUCUACUCCGGAACAAGCCCCGAAAAAGGAACAAAUUCAGCCGAUGCCUUUAAAUUCAAGGCGGAGGCUGUCCGGAUUUUGCAUGAAUGGCUCUGUGAUCCAGAAAAGGCACUAAGUUAUGAUGCCUUCGCAGCAGUCAUUCGACUGCUCACAUUCGAGAGAUACUGGGGUACCGCGGAUGAGUGGAACAUCCACCGUAGCGGUCUCCAGAGGAUGAUUGAAGCCAAGGGUGGGGUUAAGAAGCUCCACGAUAACUGGCGUCUUGAAAUGGUUGUCUACCUUGUCUCCCUCAUGACCAAGCCAUCCUGGUUCGAGUCGACAAACAAUAUCUCCGAAAUUUCCGAGCCCUCGACCGAUGCCGCGUUUACCUCGGAUCCCUCAUUAGACUUCCAAAAAAUUCGCUGUCUAUGGCUGAUUUCGUUCAUUCAAGACUUGCGCACUUUUAUGGGAUUCUCUUCGCGUUUCUACACCCACGGUCUAUCCACAUAUCCAUUUAUCUACCACGCAGUCUGUCAUCUCCGGGACGAUUUUCAGAUUUACCAUACCAACUCUUCUCUCGAUACUGGCAUAUCGAAACCGGAAUAUGACAGGUUAAUUUGUUUGUUUUCCAUCUGUGUGAUGAUGCAGGAUUCGAUAACAUCUCCCUCUCCACCCACUGGCUCCAUAGGCCAAGUAUCCCCCACCAAUGUAUUAGAUCGGUUGGACACCGCUCUCGCAGGAUCCCAGAGCAGGUGGAGCGAUUCUGUUCGGGGUCUGCUCCCAUUCUUACAGCACCACCUCAUAAAGUUCCACGCCGAUGGAGCUCAGAAAACAAUUUAUAUCACGCGAAUGGCGGAGGUCCUGGGACAGCUGAGUCUAGAGGCACGAAUUGGGGUCGAAAAAUGUCUUCUCAACAUGCUGUGUCGGUCAAAGGAAACAUGUGCAACGUUCUUGGUGGAUGAUGGCUGGACUCCAGACUCACUGCUGUCAUCUAUGCAUGGACAAUAA